AUGAAGAAUGAUGUACAAGAAUACGUGAAGGCACGUCCGAAGUGUUUCAUCAGUAAUCCUAAAGUCAGCGCUCUGUCACUCAACCCCAUACCUGCCAAAAUCUGGAGUCUGGUUGGGAUUGACAUUAUUGGUCCUCUUCAAGAAACUACAAGUGGUAACAAGUACAUUGUCGCCAUAACUGACCAUUUCUCCAAGUGGUCUGAAGCCUCAGCUAUCCCGGACAAGAGUGCAAAGUCAGUGGCAGAGUUCCUUUACUCUGUUGUAUGUCGACUAGGCUGCAUGGACACCCUUAUCAGUGACCAGGGUCGUGAAUUUAUAGAAGACGACUGGCCAGGAUACAGUCUGGACCUGUUCACCUACCCAGAACACUAUCACGAAGACAUUGAGAGUGUUUACAUUCCUCAUGGAGUAAUCAUGGACAGAGUGGAGCGUUUGGCCCGCCACAUCAUGGAUGACCUUGGGGACGAUGGUGUUGUGGCGCUGUGUGUCCUGAAGGGAGGCUACAAGUUCUGCUCAGACCUGGUCGAGUUCAUCAAGGUCCUCUGCCGCAACUCCAACAAGCACCUGGAGACCAGGGUGGAGUUCAUCCGCUUGAAGAGCUACCAGAAUGACCAGUCAACAGAGGACCUGCACAUCGUGGGGAGCAGAGAUUUGUCUUUCCUGUGUGGAAAGAAUGUACUGAUUGUCGAGGCUAUAGUCGACACAGGAAAAACCAUGAAGGCCCUUCUGAAUCAUGUACAGACCUUUCAACCCAAGAUGGUCAAGGUCGCAGGGCUGCUGGUGAAAAGGGUCCCAAACAUGGCGGAGAGCCUCACAGACUAUGUUGGAUUCGAAAUCCCAAAUCGCUUUGUCGUUGGCUACGCCUUGGACUAUAACGAGUAUUUCCGUGACCUGAAUCAUAUCUGUGUCAUCAGCGAGAUUGGGAAGAUGAAGUACAAGGUUUGAGCAGAAUUCAAAGCCUGAUCUACGCUCAGCAAGAAAAGUGCCUUCUCACCCCCCCCCCACCCCCCAGCUCGCUGAGGGGAAGUUUGGUUUUGUUUGUUUUGCAGUACAAUGCAACCUCACCAUGUGUGCCCCCUGCCAAAAACAAUGUCCCGCGGUUGGUCUUGCCAUGUAUUUCCCAUAACACUCACUCUUUGCACUGCCUCUGU